AUGGAGCCAGUAUCAUUUGGACAGCUGCCAGUUGAAGUACUCAACCAUAUCAUUGACAAGCUCGAGAGACCAGAACUAGUCUCAUUGUCUCGAGCAUCCAAAUGGACACGGGCAUUAACAACACGAGCCCUUUGGGAGGCGACCCGAAUCCCGGUUAUAAAUGACGAUGAAGGACGGCCAUUGGGUCUCCGGCCGCGGGACAUCUGUCUCCCAAAUCCAAUUGCGCCAACUAAGCUCAGGAUAUAUGAUUAUCUUGCGGAUCUAUACGAUCCCUCUUGUAUUCACUCAAGGGAUUCCCUUCUUCCCUGGCGUAGUAGACUGCAAUCGGAGAGCCGUGACCCUCUCAUACCGCUGGUGAAUGAUACCAUCUCAGCGCUAAAGCAGGUCGAGAUCAAUUCACUUCAUUCCUUUAGUUGGCACACGGGCACAUGCCUCCCGGCUAGCAUAUUUGGAGAGCAAGGUAUACUGUCACUUCAACAGCCCUCUCUGCGAUCUCUCAGUAUCAUCAGCAGCUCGACUUGUCAGAGAUUAUCCAGGAUUACCCUCUCUAAUUUCAAGAGUUUGAGAAGCCUCUCCUGGUCCGAUGCCUCGCCCUAUAACCAUGAGGCCCUGGCCACUGCUAUCCAGAUAAAUGCAUGGCACCUUGAAACACUCGAGGUCGAUUUCAUCAACUGGUCUAGGCUUUGGUAUAUAGUUGAGGAGUCUGAUGAUCCGUUCUUGCGCUACGAUGAGGUUAACAACGAAGAUGAAUUGUGGAUCUGUGAGGACACAUAUUUCGAGGACGAGCUUCUCGGUCAGAUGCGAAACCCACUGCAGCCCAUGUUUCCAGUGCUGAGACGUCUUGCACUAACUCAAGUCCAUUUAUCCGAUCGUACAAUCCUGACCUUGAAUAUAGGCGCGCUCGAGUCCCUCACAAUCCGAUGGUGUGGCGGCUGGAUGGCCUUUCUGCGCAGCAUUGUUGAGCUCGGAGUGCCCUUGGAUCUCGACCACUUUGAGCUGCACGCAGCAAAUCGCGGGUGGGAUGGAGGAGAUCACGCAUUGGUGGGGAGAUUCAUAGAGAGUCUCAGCGGACCAUGGUCAAUCUUUUUAGGUCAAAUGGGAACUCACUCAAGCCACGGCGUGUGGAAUCGACUUGUGCCACACCAGAAAUCGAUCAAGCGUUUUGUGCACCAGCUAAACACCAAAGCUCUGUUUGGUAGCGACUGUCCUAUUCAGUCUGACCAUCUUACUGAUGAAGACUGGGAUGGAAUGAGACGAGACCCAUUUCGGCAAAACCCGUUCGCGAACUUCGAGUCGUUGGAAUUUUUGGGAAUGACUUGUGAGCCGGCCAAAAUGAAAAUUCUCACUAUGCCGUUCGUAACCAAGUCCUGUCUUCGAGUCAUCCACAUCAGACGAGCACUCGACUGCACACUGAUUUGGCGGGACUGGAUAUUGACUGAAGGAGUCGGUGAUUGCCUCGAUCCAUGUGAUGACUCGAAGGAAGCGGAAAUCGAUGAGUCGAAACAAGCGGAAAUCAAUGAAACAUACGGUCAAGGUGAAAUGACCAUUGAUGCCCUAAGAGGCGAGUUCCGUGAUUUUGCAGAAUGGGUUUUUGGGCCGGAUGGGAUUCACUCCCUCAAAACUCUUGCAUUCGGAGACUUUAGCCACAUCUCCCACACGAGAAGAUUUUCGCGUGGUCAAGUAGUUCUUGUUCGGGACGAAUCUGACAGUAGACAUGGAAACUUCAAGAUGGUUGAUAGAGACGAAGCGGUGUUUAGGUUCAAUCUUGCCGAGUGCCUGGAUGCGAUAGAGGCCUGCCCGAAGUGCACAUUGACAAAAACAGACUGA